AUGAUUUUAAGACCAUCAAAGAUAUUUGUGUCUUUUCAUCAGCUCCGGCAUUACUUUACUACAAAGAUAUCGGAGCUGGUGGCAACAUCUCACCAACAACCUUCAAAUACAGUUACUCGUUUAAACAAUUAUUCUACUACGCAACAGAGCAUCCUUUUCUUUUCAGAUAUUCAACGUUCUUUGAUUCAAAAGGCUUAUCAUUUUCAACAGCCCACGAAAAGAAAUCCACUUAAUGAUAAGCUUUUACUGAAAGUUAUUCAACAGCAUUUUCCCAUUGUCAAAGUGUUCUCUAACCCAACUUUACAUGGUCGUAGCAUGAUGACGGUAUAUCCCAGCCAACAGCUUCGUACUAUGAUGUCUACUUCCGGCGGAAGUGGAGGGGGAGCUACGUUUAUGACAUGGGGCCUUCCCCGCUCCGCUAUGGUUGGUGUUGGUAGAAGUAAUGGUUUUAAUGCGACCAGACAAUUUUCUACUACAAAGUCACCCACAUGCGUCACCUUUUUUCAAAAUACAGCACCACAACAACCCAACGUUUUUGCGCAUAUUUCUUCUCGUAUAUUCUCUCCUGCAGGCACCAAGAUGUCUCAACCACCAACAGCUGACGAAAAACCCAAGUUUGUCCCUUUUUAUUCAUUGGAAAAGGAUGUAUCUACCUCCGAUGAAGAGUCUAUUUGCUCUGCUGACUUUGGUUAUAACCGCAUGUUUCAACAUAAGGCUAACAAGGGCAUGGGAGACUUGGUCAAUAUUCAAGAAUGUAAAGCCGAAAAGAAAUUAUAUGUUGGACGUGAAACUGCUAAUACCCGUCGUAACAAGCGCUCAAUGAAGAAGUUAGAGUCAAUUGUUCGUCAUGACGAUGUAUCUGCUUCACACGGUAGCAGAAAACCCAUUGUCUCCAACAAAAGAAAGCUACAUUCCUCCGCAGCUAUCAGACAUGGUCGAAUUAAACACCCGCCGGACCGCCAAGAACCCAAGGCAAAUGCGUUUAUUUUAAUUGAUUUGGAUUCCACACCAUUUAUGUCUGGUUGGUCUACGCAAAGUUUAGAUUCCAACUUUAUUGAUUCUGUGGAAAUUAUAGCACACAACUAUCAGCUGCACAUCCAUCAUGUGUUAAAUUUGCUAGAUCGUCUAAGAUAUAGUGGUAAAAAAUUCAGGGUCGUAUCACGCAACUCUGAGUUACGUAUUUAUUUUCCAUCCUGUGCCAUCAUAAGAUCGAAAACCGAGGCCGUUGAGUUCUUGAAGAGAUUGAACGUUGAUCAAGACGAGGAGCAUUAUUCUAUCGUUGUGGAUAAUUGCGACGAAAACAAUGCUUCUGCAGAAAUAGACGCUGAUUAUUUCAAGGAUCUUCAAAUGUUUCUAGAUCGCACUGAUUAUUUAAUUGAAAAGAGUAGCUCUACUUUUAGUAGUCGUAAAACUAUUUAA